AUGGCAGACGCAGAAGAGAAAGCGAAAGCUGAGAAGCUCGCGGCCGCUAAGAAACGGGUCGAACAGAUGAAGAAGAAGAAUCAAAAGAAGACUGGCGCAAAGAAGACAGACAAACCCGAAGAAGAGAAACCUGACACCACGUCAACAGCCGAAAGCUCCAAGGCUGAAGAAGAAACAACAGAUGCGGCACCAUCACCUGCAGUCGACGAUGUCACACCAGCAGAGGGCGAACAGGCGAAUGAUGAAGCGGAUGUUCCAGACUUGAAUGUAGCAAAAUCCCAUGGCAGACAACCCUCUCUGUCGGUCCAAUCCAAGAUGCGCUCAGCCUCCUUUAGGCAGGGCUCGAUAUCUGGAGGGCCACUCUCGCCAAGCCAUUUAUUUUCCCCUGAAGGAGAUACUGCUCCGGACAUUUAUAAGAAACAACAACACAAGAUUGAGGAAUUGGAAAAGGAAAAUAAAAGGUUGGCAAAAGAGGCCAGUGAUGGUGAGAAGAGAUGGAAAAAGGCUGAACAGGAUCUCGAAGAGCUACGGGAGGCUGAAGAUGAUUCGACAACGCAAAAUAGGGGGCCACCUGCUGAUGGAGAAGGAUCAUCAGAAGAACUUGCAAAACUCAAUGCGGAAAUCGCUGCUCUUCAACGUCAGAAUGCGCAACUACAGGUGCAAUCCGCCAGAAAUACGCGUCAUGGUUCGUCUCCAUCUGUUUCAACCAACGCACCAUCAGAUUACGAAGCAGCUCUUGCCUCUAAAUCCUCGACCAUCGAGAGUAUGGAAAUAGAAAUAUCCAAUCUCAGAGCUCGUCUGGAAAAGGUAAACUCUGGCGACUCAGUCAAGGAACAGGUUAAUGCCUUGGAAGAAAAACUGGCGCGGAGUGAGAAGGCAGCCGUUAUUGCACAGCGUGAAUUGGCCGAUCUCAAGAAGAACCUUGAACGGACUACAGAAAAGGCUGUCAAGGAGGGUAGUCAGAGGACCUCGGCAGAGACGAAAUUAAAAACUUUAGAGCGGGAGUCAGAGGAGGCAAAGGCUCAUAGUGAGGAUCUACAGAAGAAGGUGGAAGCGCUGGAAAAGAAACUUGCCGCUCUUGCAACGUUGCACAAAGAACAUGACGCUCGAUUUCAGGCGCAGAAGAAAGAUGGUGAAAAGGCGGAGAAAGAUGCCUCGGAUUUAAGAUCUCGGCUGGCUGGACUUGAGAAUGAGAACCAGCGAUUACGGGAUGAGAGAGAACGAGCGAAGAAGAGGGAUGCUGAAGGCAUCGAUGACGAUGGGGUCGAUGAAUUGGAGAACGAAGAACGCGAACGGCUUGAAAAGAAAGUCCGCGAUCUAGAGGGAGAGGUACAUGAGCUUCGUCGAGGUGUUUGGAGAGAGCGACGACAGCAAUUAGACGGAGACGAACCGGCUGGCGCGACUAGUCCCGGCGCCAGGUUUACCGACAUUGACCUAAGUGGACAUACGUCUCCCAACCGGCGGAGAAGUAUCGCUAACCACCAGGGUCGUGGAAACGGACUGGGGGAUUUCCUCACCAGCGGUUUCAACGCGAUUACAGGAGGUACGAGCUCAGGGGCGAGAGACGACGACGCCCUGUUAGAGGAUGAUGAAGACAUGGACUUUGACGAGGACGCAUUCCGACUGGCGCAGGAAGAAGAAGCAAAAGCCCGCAUUGAGCGAGUGAAGGAGGUCAAGCGGGGUCUAAAGAACUGGGAGGGCUACCGAUUGGAUCUUGUGGAAAACAGGAGGGGUGGUGGUGAAGGAGUCGGGGAAAUCUUUGAUAUCUAG